GCAGUGGCUUGAUUUGCGCUGUAACUCGGUCAGUGAAGGCGGACAAGUACGUUUACUGUUUUAGGUUUUUAUAAUGAAUAUGUUUUGUAUAAAUUAUGCUAGUCUUUCCUAUGGAGUAUGUAGUAGUGGUCGCGAAUGAUUCUUUUGCUUGCAGCAGUGGAAAAAGGUUUUAACGGUAGUCGGCUACGUAGCCAGUUAGCAAACACUAAUGAAAAUGACUUUUGUAUUAGCUAGCUAGCCAGUUGUCAGCGUUUGCAAAUGUCAAGUGUAGUAUAAUAUUAUUGUCUACGUUGAUCUUUACUUAAUUCGCAUAUAGUUACCGUCCAACCCCAUUUUUUUCGACACUCACCUUUUAAUCGCUGCAUGCGCGAUGCCCACUCUUCCUCAGAACAAUUUAAAAGAACAGCUCGAGCGGCACAGCAAUGUAGCCGUACGAACCAAGUCUCUGGCCAAAUCAAAGCCCGGGGCUUUUUACUUUAAAAAAACGUCUAAAUCAAGCAGUGCCAAAGAUGAAGUUACUCUAAAGCUUUUUGACAGGGCCAAGACACAGACCUUUAACUCAGUAGACAACCCAUUUGCAGUAAGCAAAUCUAGUUUUGUUGAGCCUUCCUUCAGCAGAUUGCAUAAACCACAAAAUAACAGACUCACAGGCACCAGUGGAAGCACAGCUGUAGGUGUACGUGAUGAUUACAACUUGUCUGCUAUUCCCUUGGAUGACUGGGACCACUUUGAUGAUUUUGAAACUCCAGUCAAGGGAGAAGGAGCAGGACCAGACUUGUCAAAUAAAGAUAUUUGUGCUAUUGAUCAGGGUAGUGCCAAGUUAAGACAUAUUGAUGGUGAAUACCCCAUAAAUACAACAGAACACCAAAUUUCUAUUAAAGACAAGUCACUGCUAAGUGGCUGUCAAAAAAAGAGCACUGCUACUGCAAUUAAGCAUCCUGAAGCAAGUAAGAGGAAUUUCAACUGUUCAAAAGGGUUUGAUGAUGCCCUUUUUGGUGUUAUGGAAUCUAUUUGUUGUCUGGUUGAAACAAUACCUGAACAUGAGCUUAUGUCCCUGACUUGUGGCACAGAAUUGCUUUUAUUGAGAGCUCACAGGAAAAGGAUUGUUGCUGAUGCUGCAUUGUUGGAAAAGUGGCAAUCAGACAGAGGAUCCAAUCCUCAUGAAACAAGUUCUGCUGUCACAACUGAAGGCGACUGUUCAUCUUCACAUGUUCAGCUCAGUAAAUCCAAUGAUUCUGUUAUGUUAUUGGAUUACAAGUUUAGUACCUUGAAAGAUUCAGAUUGCAUUAACAAUGAUGUGGUUCAAGGAGACGACUUUAGCCGGAAUCCUUCCCUAAUUCAGACAGUAAAUGAACAUAAGGAAAAGCUAUCAGGUCAGAACAAUGGUAAUGGAAACAGUCAAUCAGAAGAAUGUUCCUUGAGUCUGUGCUUCAGUCAGUCAAAUUGUCAGGCUAUGAAUCAAGAGAAAAUGAUGCAUUUAAGCUCUUCUCCAAAUACAGUGGAUGUGAACAGCAGUGUGUUAGUUGGUGGGGCUAGUUUACAAAAUUGCAAAGAAUCUAAUGACGUGAUUGACUUCUGCAUUGAUGAUUUUGACAUUGAUUACUUCAGUGAGAAUGAUAUCCCAGAUUAUUGUGACGAACCUGCAGCUUUGUCUGGGUCUGGGAGUUCCAGUGCACUACCACAGUUUUGUGAAAGAGGACACUCAAACUCCUGUGAUAAAAAGAGUGUUGGCACUCCAACUGCUGUCAUGAAACUUACUGAACCAUGGUUGCCUGAUGUUACAUCCAGAAAUCCAGCACAUGACCGCUUCUGUGGCUUCAACUUUCCCCACUCUCCUGAGAUGAUGAAGAUUUUCCACAAGAAGUUUGGUCUUCAUCAGUUCAGAUUCAAUCAGCUAGAAGCCAUCAAUGCUACUCUGCUCAGAGAGGACACAUUUGUGCUUAUGCCUACAGGAGGGGGUAAAAGCCUUUGCUAUCAGCUGCCUGCCUGUGUUUCUCCUGGAGUGACUGUGGUGAUAUCUCCACUUCGUUCGCUUAUUGUGGAUCAGAUCCAAAAGCUUACAACUUUAGAUGUCCCUGCCACUAGUUUAUCUGGGGGAAAAAGUGACUAUGAAGCUGGACAAAUCUACAUGCAGCUUUCUAAGAAUGAUCCAGUCAUCAAACUGCUUUAUGCCACUCCUGAAAAGAUCUGUGCAAGUGGGAGGAUGAUCAGUGCACUGCAGAAUCUGUAUGAGCGAAGUCUGCUUGCCCGUUUUGUCAUCGAUGAGGCACACUGUGUCAGUCAGUGGGGACAUGAUUUCAGGCCAGACUAUAAGCGGAUGCAUGAACUGCGCCAGAGGUUUCCCAAAGUUCCUAUAAUGGCACUGACUGCCACAGCCACACCUCGGGUCCAGAAGGACAUCCUUAACCAGUUGGCCAUGACUCGACCACAAGUAUUCUCGAUGAGCUUCAACAGACACAAUCUCAAAUAUUCUGUAUUACCUAAAAGCCCAAAGAAAGUUGAGGAGGACUGUAUUAACUGGAUCAAGAAAUAUUAUCCAUAUGACUCAGGAAUUGUAUACUGCCUGUCACGCAAUGACUGUGACAGCAUGGCAGAUAGACUUCAGAGGGCAGGCAUUGCAGCACUAGCAUACCACGCUGGAAUAAAUGACCAUGACCGAGAGUAUGUCCAAAACAAAUGGAUCAACCAGGAUGGUUGCCAAGUCAUAUGUGCCACUAUUGCGUUUGGCAUGGGCAUUGACAAGCCUGAUGUACGUUAUGUGAUCCAUGCCAGCCUACCAAAGUCAGUGGAGGGCUACUACCAAGAAUCAGGCAGAGCUGGCCGGGAUGGAGAAAUCUCCCACUGCAUUCUCUUCUAUUCUUACACAGAUGUGAUUCGCAUCAAAAGACUAAUAGCUAUGGACAAAGAAGGCAACCACCAAUCCAAAGCCACUCACAUAAACAACCUGCACAGCAUGGUACAUUUCUGUGAAAAUGUGACAGAGUGUAGGAGGAUCCAGCUACUUGCAUACUUUGGAGAGCACAAAUUUAAUAUAGAUUUCUGCAAGCAGCAUCCAGAGGUCACCUGUGACAACUGUGCCCGACCACACCAAUACAAGGCAAAAAAUGUGACUGAGGAUGUAAAGAAGAUUGUGCAGUUCAUACAGGAAAACUGUGAGAAGGUUGUUGGCAAAUGUGCCAGAUCUUUCCAGCAAAACAGACUCACUUUGAACAUGCUAGUUGACAUUUAUUUGGGUUCGAAAAGUGCCAGAAUCAAGUCAGGCAUAUAUGGGAUUGGAGCAGCAUACUCCAGACACAAUGCAGAAAGGCUCUUUAGGAGACUAGUGCUGGAUCACAUUCUAAAGGAGGACCUAUACAUUACUAAGAAUGGACAAGCUGUGGCCUACAUAUCAGCUGGCUUUAAAGCUAUGGACAUCCUCAGUGGCAUCAUACAGGUGACUUUCCAUGAGACUGAGAGUGCCUCUAGCAUUAGAAAGCAUAAGGACACUAUGAUCAAACGUGUCUCUAAGAGAGAGGAAAUGGUGAAGAAUUGUCUGGAAGAGCUUAAUGAGCUGUGCAAAAAGCUUGGCAAAGUGUUCGGUCUUCAUUACUACAACAUUUUUUCCACAGCCACUUUGAAAAAGAUUGCUGAAACUCUGUCUGCCGACCCUGAGGUGCUGCUGCGGAUUGAUGGCGUGACUGAGGACAAACUAGAGAAGUAUGGAGCUGAGCUCAUUGAACUACUGCAGAAGUAUUCAAAAUGGCAGCUCUCAGGUGAGGAGCAGGCGAAGAGUUCUCAAUCUAUUGAUGGUGAAGAUGGCAGCAUGUCUGCCAACAUUAGAAGCAGCAAAAGUCAAGGAGAAAAGAGGAAAAAAACACCAUUAUCAAAGAACCCUAAAAGGUGCAGGGGUUACAAAAAACAGAACUCCUCUAAAUGUGGAAACUGGUCUUCAACAGGAAAACACACAGGUGGGAAUCAGUUCUCUAAACCUGCUCCUUCAGCUCCAGCAAGGAGGAAACCUAGCUUCAUGGCUCUGCCCAUCCCAAAAAGUGCUAAACUGCCAUUUCUCAAACCUGCCUUCUCUCAACUUGGCUGAGUCUACAAGCUGUGUGUGUGUUUGUGUUCUGCUUUUGCCUGCACAUCUUGUAUAUAUUUUUGCCGAUUUUUUGUUUGUGUUGAACUUUGUAGUACAUUUAUUUUUUUACUUUUAUAUUUUAUAUUUUGUUUAUAAUUAGUCAUUUAAAAUGUUCACUGGUACAAAUGAUUCAUAAAUCUAGAAAUAGCUUUAAUUUCAGAUCACAUGUUUGAUAUAGUUAUCAGUUUCAUUUAUUACCAAUUUCUAUAAUUUCAAGUACAUUUUAAACUUUUAACUGAGAAACUCCUCAAACUAAAAUGAGAUUAAUUGGCAUUUUAGGAAUCUUCACAAAGUAGCCAAUAACAUUGACAUUUGUUGGGGGAUGCAGCCAGUUACCAUCAAAAUCCAAUUGUUUGGAUACAGACCCUGUGUACAGUCACAUGCUUUUCUGACUAAUGCCUUCCUUCCUUAUACUUAAUGGACAGCCUUGCCUAGGCAUUCCUGUGGUUAUGCCAUAUUCUUUCUAUUUUUAAUAAAGGAUUUAAUAGUG